CAACCACAAUCCCUGACCGCAAGCUAUUUAGGUCUAGAAUAUCAAAACCUCGCUCCUUGACCUAUCAGAAAAGAGCCUGUGCGGCGUUGACGCUUCCGCUCACAAUGUCGUUUUCCUUUGGGUUUUCAGGGGAUGAUAUAGACGAAAAUGAGCAGCAAACGGGCACCAGCAUCCCGCCCAAGCCAGCCGAGACAACGGCUGCGCCAAGCAGCGCAUUCCCGGUAGCUGGCAAGCCACUACUACCUGCCACGCGCCAUAACCUCAAGCAGAUGCUGUCUGAGCUGCCUUCAAAAGUCGCCUACAGCACAUUAGACGUUCAAUUGGAUGGCGGUGAGACAAUUAAGCUUCCGCGACGUGAGCUGUGGGACGUUCGCGUGCAGCUGAUGGCUGAAGAGGGAGAGAGCGGCGAGACAGAAGCAGGUCUGGGAAGUCAUGAUGUGAAAACUGGCGUGUACGAAGGUGGCUUCAAGUCCUGGGAAAGUAGUGUGGAUCUGGUCAAAGUCUUGGAACAGUCAAGAACGUUUCUAGAAUCGCAGGAUGGUGUUCCCUGUGUGGUCGAGCUUGGAUGCGGGACAGCCCUGCCUUCUUUGGCUCUCUUUCAUUGGGCCAAUCUGGCCAGAAAGGACGCGAAUCCUAGACCUCUGUCGAUCAUAUUGGCCGAUUAUAACUCUACCGUCCUGCAGCUCGUAACUCUACCCAACUUCGUCCUAUCCUGGGCUUUGCAGCAAGCAGCAGGCUCCAUCUUGCUGACUGAAGCGUUUGCUUUCGAGGAAGGGGAGUUAGAGCUCACAGCUGAAGUUGUUCACGCAUUCGAGGAGUUUCUAACUACUCAGAACAUCAACUUACAGUUCAUUUCUGGUGGCUGGUCGCAUGAUUUUGUCGAGCUCGUCAAAUCUGCUCAAACCCACCUCCAAAACGACGAUACGAAGCAGAAGACUAUGAUCUUAGGUGCAGAAACUAUAUAUUCGCCAUUUGCUUUGCAAUCCUUUACUGAAACUAUAUUCUCACUCAUGAAACAUUCACAAACCACGGGAAGCGAGGCGGAAGUUUACGCUGCCGCCAAGAAGAUGUACUUUGGUGUCGGAGGCUCCCUUGACGACUUUGUGGUGAAGGCAAGAGAGCUGGGAGCGGUUGUGGACCAACUUCGAGAAGAAACAGAAGGCGUGCGCAGGGGCGUCGUUAAGUGCUAUCUGAGACCAUAAAGUUCUACAAGCCUCGCAAAAACCCGAGCCCAUAGAGAAUAUUCACCGCGAUGAGGUCCAACCACAUGCGUCAUGAAAAUCACAGUAGUGCCAACAAC